AUGAAAGCGAAAGUUUUUAGUUUAAUAAUUGUAGUAGCAUUGCUACUAGUAAACGGUAGUGAAACGCUAAAAAUAAAAAAAAUUAAUGACAAAAAAUCGAUAGCAACAAUAUUCAAUACUAAAGAAGAGGAUAGAUCAACAGUAGAUAGCGAAACUGACAAAGAAGUACAUAAACGUGGAAUAUUUCAUCAUGGUGGACUAUUAAGUGCACAAAGUAGUUUCUGGCCAAAGACUUAUGCUUCACAUUAUGGAUACAGUUUAAAUUUACCAAGUUCUACUUCAUUUGCUAAUAUCGCAGCGCCAAGUUUUGCUACUGCACAUGCACCAGCAGUGCUAAAGUAUCCAAGUGGUCUGCACUUCAAGUCCUUUGCAGCACCUGCGCUAGCUGGAGUUAGUGGGUUUGGUGCUGUUAACACUCUUGGAGCUAUAGGUGCUGUGCCAGCAGCAGCUGUUCCUACACAUACUGCCGCACCAUACAUUUUGCGUCCUGGUGGAGCUGUUGUUUCUUCGUACAAUGUUAAUUAUCCACAGGCGUAUCGUAAGCCAGCAGUAAUUGUGCAACAAGUGAAUCCUGUUGCACAUGUACCAGUACAACCAAUACAACCAGUGCAACAUAUACAGCCACUGCAACAUAUUCAGCCAGUGCAACAUAUACAGCCAGUGCAACCAGUGCAACAUAUUCAACCAGUGCAAUCAGUGCAACAUAUACAGCCAGUUCAUCAUAUACAACCAGUUCAACAUACAACAUUUGUGCAGCCAAAUCCAGUAGCUGCACUUCCCACACUGCCAGCACUUCCAGCUGUACCUGCACUGCCAUCCAUACCUGCACAACCGGCAUUACCAGCCAUCCCAGCCAUUCCAGCAAUACCAGCACAACCGGCAUUACCAGCUGUACCGGCAGAUUUCCCAUCGAUACCAGCUUUCCCAGCACAGCCGGCCAUUCCGUCUUUUCCCUCCCUACCAUCAAUUCCCGCAAUUCCUUCUUUCCCAGCACAACCAGCUGCUUCAGCUUUUCCUGCAAUACCCACCUUUCCAACCCAACCUGCUUUUCCAGUGAUCCCAUCCAUACCAACCGUACAAACUUUACCACGUCCACAACGUCCACCAACAUUUAUUACAAUUCCUAUACAGCCAUCGUUUAGUUUAGUACCAGGUCUUGUGCCUUUACCUGAUACACCAGCUGCCACUCCACCAGAUACUGGUAGUGCGGAAGCUGCUCCACAAAUACCUGUUUCUCCCACAGUACCAGCACCUUUACCAUCACCAGUUCCCGAACCAGAUAUACCUGCCGUACAACCAACAGAACAACCUUGGAAACCAAUCUUAUAUAAUCCACCCACUCAGGGCACACCAGUCAAUGCCAAUCGUCCUUCCAUAACUCUGCUGCCACCAUAUGGUAGUUCACCUGCCGAAGGUUACUUGCCACCGUCUGCUCCGUCUGCUCAAUUGCAACAAAGCGGUAAUGGAAUAUUUGAGCAAUUAAGCGAUUCUGAAAUAGCGCAUAUCUUUGCUGAGGCCAACCUUGCUCUACAACAACAGCAGAGUCAACAUCAUCAUCAUCAUGCUGCUUAUCAUCAUCAUAAUUAUUAA